AUGGCUGCACGUGUACCAACCCAGGACGAUAUCCCGGGAGCUUCUCUCGCUGGAAGAGAGCCCCAGGCAUUAAAAUGCGAAGAACUUCGUUUUUGGCUGAGAUGUAGAGGCGAUUCUUUGAAGGGAUUGAAAACAAAGGCGGCGCUAGUGAAGAGGUAAGGCGCAAGAUCGCUUCGUGUUUCGCUAUGACUUGUCAAAAUAUUACACCUAUACAUGUGAAAAAUCGGAUUUUACGAGCUAAAAGUAGUUUUCUUUUCGCUUUUAAAGGGUGGAAGAGUAUAUCAGAACUGGCCGAGACCAAAAUAUAGUUGAUCCUGAUCCUCACAAUGUAUAUACAAAGCGCAAAGAACACCGAACCGCGAGUGAAGACAACAUUUCAGCUGCUGUUAAUGCACCGCAACCAAACUACCCUUCGGAUGGCUGGUCUGGCGAUUUAAAACGAAUGCCUUUUUUCACGCGUGCCGAGAUGAACUAUCAUAUCGCAAAGUCAGGGAAAAACAUUGAUUCAAGCAAAAGUCACUCAGUACCGACUAGUGUGCGAAAAGCUACAACGUUUUUGAACGACGAAUAUUUAAAGAACUUGUCAGCAGCAAGCGAUAAUACUUAUUUCUAUUUGCGCUGUCAGUGCCAUCACAGCUUUAGAAAAAAUGAUCCUCCCCACAACUUAAAAGUUGCAUUGUGCAUUUUUAGUGGAGAGGUCAAGAAUGCCUCUUGCUCUUGUGUUGCUGGCCAGGUCGGGUUUUGCAACCAUAUUUUGGCUCUUUUGUUAAAAUUAUGCAAGUUUUCAUUGUAUGAGUGUAAAAGUGUGACUGAUCUUGAAAACGAAGACGAUAUGCAGCCAAAACGGAGCUGCACAUCAACUCUGCAGCGGUGGCGUCGAAAGGGAAGAGGAGACUGUAUAAAUCCACAACCAGUGAUGGAAGUGUUGGUGACCAAAACAAGCUUAGAGUUAGACAAACAAUCAUCAUCCAGAGACUCUGGUGUGAAAUGUCUUUUGUAUGAGGCCCGAAAUAGCCUUAAGGGUCAGCAUAGCCUCCCACGCAGGCGUUUUCAGGGGAGCUCGUUUUUCUUCCCUCCCCAUGGGAGGGAAGAAAUACGAGCUCCCCUAAAAACGCCUGCGUGGGAGGCUAGGGUCAGCAGGCAUCUGAAACAAAAUUAUUGGAACGGUUAAGAGCGCUUAACCCUAAAAUGGCUUUAUCACAAAUUAUGACUGCAAGAACUGAGUCAACUACACUCGUCCCGACAAAAUUUGGAAAACGUCCUCAAGGAUCCUUUGCCAGUUACCAACUAUCCGUUACUGAAGAUAACUUUAAAGUGUUUUGUGACAUUUCAUCUGUCAACAGGUCAGAUUCAGACAAUCAUGUUCAUGAUUCUCAGUUAACUGCUUUUCCCAGAUUUCCCCUCAGGGCUUCACAUGAACAGUUUCAAAUACCGACUGAGAUUUCUGGAGAUGAGAGAUGCUUACUAGAAAAAAUACAAGUAGAUGUUGAUGAGCUAAAUGAAAUUGAGAGGAAAACACGGGAACAGUCAACUUGCCAAGAAUGGAAGGAUGAAAGAAAAUUUAGGUUCACUGCCUCAAAUUUUGGCCUUAUCAGGGAAAGGAAACGAAACCAUGAGACCCUAGUAAAAAAUCUACUUAACCCCAAACCUUUUUCUUCAAGGUAUACAAAUCAUGGUCUCAAAUAUGAGCCAGUCGCCCUUGAACAGUACCAGAAGUACAUGAUGUCAAUUCGAAGGCCUGUUAAGAUACUUAAGUCAGGACUUGUUAUCAGCCUAGAUUCCCCCUACUUGGGUGCUUCACCUGAUGCUAAGGUAAUUGAUCCAGGAUGCGAUGAUCCCUUUGGGCUUUCU